CUUCGAUCUAGUGCUCGAUGCUGCGAUGCUGUUUUUAUUGGUUCCUAGAUAUAUUCCACUGCGGCUUGGCGGGAUGAGAGUACAGUUGACACUAGUGCUAAUCUUCGGAUCGAUUAAGUGCCACGCGACUUCUUGCCCACCAGCGGUAUCUCUGCUAAUGCAGAUAGUGUCAUCAUGAGCGGUGUAGUUCGUGUUGUAUAUGGAUGCGAGACGGGUGACUUUCUUGGCGAUUACGGCCAUGUUACUCAAUGGUCCGUCAUGCAGCUCGGCUUUGCUGUUAUGUGCACCUGCAUGCCUUGUUUCCAUACCGGAUUGCCAGUCGACGAAGCAAAUGGUGGCGACAGGCUUGUGUGGCUUGUAUUUCGAAUCCCGGAGCAACCUAAUGGUGUCAGGAUGCCAAGUCAAUCUCAAACGCCUAACGUGCCAUUGACGACCGUCCCUCAAGAACAAGCUUCAUGUGAGCAACAUGACAAAUAG